UUUCAAUGUAGUCCUUGAGAUCUAAGGGUUCUAGGUCGUCCAUUCGGCAACCUUCUUAAUUAUGAGUAAUUUCGCCUCGUCUGCGUUUUCGUGUGUUGUCAAAAGCUGGAGAAUACAUGGACGUGCAUCUAUAAUUGCCGGUCGCUACGGGAACAAUGCGUGCAAUGUAUACGAAAGUCUUGCACUUUCAAGAUUCUCAGAAGCUUGUGCUCAUGAAGGUUGUAACAUUUCAGGGCAUUCAGAAACUGUUGAAUGUAGGAAGAGUAGUAAAGUCCAAAGCCCAGGGGGAUCUUCUGAAGGUGGUGGUUCCUUCAAUUUUAACAAUGUGGAUAUACUUAACUCCGGCAAUAAGGGACGUCCUGGAGGUUCUGGAGGAGGCUCUGGAAAUGGCACUGGCUCUUUCAUAAAGUGUAACAAAUGCGGUGGUCGUUUAAGAUCCAUUGUUCCAACUACAUCAUACAUAUCACGUUUUAUGGAGUGUGAAGCAUGUGAACAGCUCUACGAAUUAAUAGAUAAAAAUGAUCUCCCGCCUAGCAAUGUUGAAGAAGUCCGACCUUCUUUGCCUACUCCUAAGGAGAUACAUCCAUACUUAGAUCGUUAUGUAAUAGGUCAAAAUAAAGCCAAACAAAUUCUAGCUGUUCAAGUCUAUGCUCAUUACAAUCGUAUACAAUAUAAUCGAUUAAUUAGCACAUCGGAAUAUAAUAAAUUUAAUUCAACUUAUUCAACUGUAGAAACAAAUCCUACAAUAAAUGAAGUUAAAACCCCUGUAAAUAAUCAUCAUUCCUCAGGUGAACAACUUUCAGAUACACGUCCUCCUGUACCUGUAAAUCAUCAUCGGAGCGGUUCAACUCAACCUUCUGUAGGAGAAUUACUUGAAUUUUUGCGCAAUAGUUCAGUAAGUUCGUCGAAAAAUUCAUUUACAAAUGGAAACAGUACAACAGGUUCAUUGCCAUCCGCUGUAACUUCGGAUUUGUCUGAAUCAGAAGAUGAUAUGGAAAAAACGUUUUCGUGGUACACAAAUGAUUCGAAAUGAUUGUGAUCAACCAGUAAAAUUAGAAAAAAGCAACAUUAUAAUGUUAGGUCCAACUGGUUCAGG